AUGGUGUUCAACAACGACAUUCAUGCUGCUCAAGAGCCGCAACACAUGAGCCGUGUCUUUUUUAAUUUCAGGGACAGCAAUGAGCACCGCCGGUGCAUCGUCGCCUGCAUGGUCAGAGGGGCUUACGUUAUGGAGAGCGACCGGACCAAGCGUAGGCUGGGCACGCGCAGGGCACGCUCGCCGGCGUGGUGGGAGAGCUUCGGCUUCCGCCUGCGCGACGUGCUCGACUGCGACUGCGACUGCGUGUUCUGCCGCAACCGGUUCAAGUUCGGCGCCCAGCGCUGGUCCAUCUACGGAGCCAUCCUGGAGCACGUGCCUGCCGCCGCCGCCGGAGAGUUCCGCAGCCAAGCGGCUCCGCGCUACAUCGUCGCCUUCCGGGGCACCAUGUCGCCGUCCCACCGGGGCGACACGCACGCCAACGUCGAGCUGCUGCUCAACCGGCAGCACGCCUGCCGCCGCUUCUUCGACGCGCGCCGCAAGGUCGGCGAGCUCCUCGACUCCAUCGUCUACUAUGACUACGACUACGGCCGCUCCACCGCCGCCGCCAUCUGGCUCGCCGGGCACUCGCUCGGCGGGUCGAUUGCGCUGGACGUGGGCCGGCACAUGAUGACGGAGAGACGGUGCAACCUCCCGACCUUCCUCUUCAACCCGCCGCAGGUGUCCGUGGCGCCGCUGCUCAACGCGCUGCGCGUUCCCGACGUGGCGAGGAGGUUCCUGUUCCGUAUCAGCUACACGGUGAAGGCGAAGCUGGGGGCGGUGACGGCGCUGAGGCCGCUCGAGAGGAAGAUGGAGGAGCUGUUCGAGACGCUGGCGCCAUGGGCGCCGGAGCUGUACGUGCACGAGAGGGACAUCAUCUGCCGGGGCUUCAUCGACUACUUCGAGCAGCGGCAGAACAUGCUGGUGGGCGGGUCCUCAUCACACGUCGCCCUUCAUGGGACCAAACUGUCUCUCCGUGACAUGCUCCUGUUCCUGCACGCCGAGAACAAGGAGGGGAACCAAGUGCAGCCGCACCUCCUGCCGUCGGCGAGGCUGUGGAAGACCUCGGUCCAGGGCCAUAGACACGGACUCCAGCAGUGGUUGGAGCCAGACUGGAUCCUGAACCUGAGCCCCAGGCUUUACAGCUAUCCUGGAGCAUAA